UAUAAAAAUAAUUUAAUGAACAAAUAAUUUAUACCAUCAUUGAUUAUGAAUAAGUUAAAAGUAUUCAUAAUAAAACAUAAAUGAUAGAAUACUCUGACAUUUGAAUUAAGGUUAUAUGUAUUUUGAGCAUUCUACCUUUAGUGAUCACAUGCUUCACGUGUAAACAAAUAUACAAAAUCAUGAAGGAAACUUUGUUAUCGAAUUGUGAAAGAAAAUUCGUAAAUAAAUCAGUGGAAAGAGGAACGCGAUUAGAUGGCAGAAAUUUAUUGGAAGCACGGCCUGUUAAAAUUUAUUUUGGAUCCAAUUGGGGAAGUUGUAUGGUUCUACUUGGGCAAACUAGAGCUGUAGCACAAGUAACAUCUGAUAUUCAACAACCUAACACUUCUCGUCCUAAUGAAGGAAUGUUACAUAUAAAUGUUGAACUUAAUCCAAUGGCUGCGCAACAUUUUGAUGGUGGUAAACAAUCUGAGUCUUCAAUAUUGAUUAGCAACCAACUCGAGAAGUGUUUCAAAGAUUCAAAGUGUAUAGAUUUAGAAUCCUUAUGUAUAGUAGCCGAUAAAAAGGUAUGGAAUUUAAGAGUUGAUAUUAAUAUUAUUAAUCACGAUGGAAAUUUAAUUGACUGUGCAUCGAUUGCAACAUUAGCUGCUCUUUCGCAUUUUCAUAGGCCAGAUGUAACUUCGACUGGUGAAGAUAUUAUAAUUCAUCCAUUUUCUGAAAAAGAUCCUUUACCUUUAACGUUGUAUCAUUAUCCAGUUUGUAUCUCUUUUAUAACAUUCGAAAGCGGCAAUACAAUUAUGGAUCCCACGUAUCUAGAAGAAAGAGUUGGAGUAGCUCAACUUACUCUUGGUAUAAAUUCGUAUAGAGAAGUUUGUAGUAUGCAUUUUAAUUAUUUGACAAAAACCAUGACGGUGGAGGAUGUUAUAUCAGCAGUUUCUAAUUACGCUGCAAAUUAUGCUGCUGAAUUACUGAAACAGAUUAGAGAAGCAGUAACAUAUGAUGUAGAAGCAAGGUAUAAAAAAGAUGACCGUAACACAAGUCGUUUUAAAGAAUGUAUAACAAUGAAAAAAUUGACUACAAUGUACAGUGAAUGCAUUAGUAUUAAACUACGCAAAUGGGAUGAAAUAGAAAAAGUCGCAUCUGAAACUUAUACCGAAGAAGAUGAAAAUAAGUAUAGAAUUAUAAAACCUGGAAAGGGUUCUGCUGAAUUAAUAAUAGAUACUGGCACAUCAGUUGGUGAAGGUGGUCCUAAUACGUGGAAUAUGUCAGAAUCAUCCGAGGAAGAUGAAAGUGCCGUUGAAAUUACAACCCAAGUAAAGAAGGAAGAGAAAGUGUCAGAUAAUAUAGAAAUAAGUGAAGAUAGCGAAGAAGAAACAAUAGAAAUGCUGGAUACAAAAGAUAUACUGUAAUAAAUGUAAAUUAAUAAAGCCAAUAAACAAAAAGACAAUUUUA